UACAUACUAGCCAUCCUCUGAUUGAAUUGAUCAAGCUCUUGUUUACAAGCCCCCUGUUCCCUGUACGUUGCGCAGGCACACACACAAUAUGCCUGUUUUACUGGCCUCCUGGUCCCAUGAGGCGUGUUGAAUCCAUGUGAGAGCCUUAGUCCUUGAGGCAGAAAAACAAAAGCUGGGGUGUAGAGUUAGCGCUUGACCCCUGGGGAGGAGGAGGGUGAUGCAUGUGUAUGAGUGUGAGUGACAAGGAGAGUGUGUGCGUGUGUGGUGGAUGGACAGGGGGGCUCUAACUCUAUCUCACUUCCUCCAGGUCUCAGAUUUCAGGAGCCACUAUCCUUUUGGGAUUACUCAUUACACACACACACACACACACACACACACACACACACACACAAACACACACGUCUUGUAAACUGUCAGUAUUGCUGGUGGAUAUAUGAAGCUGGUGGUCUGAGUUAGUGAGAUGUUUGAGUUCUUAUAGGAUCUUCUGUCAGACAAUAAGGUCCUGUGGCUUUGUUAGGGGACGUGGGAGGACAAUAGGAGCCGAGGGACAGGUUCCUCUGCUCAAAACAGCUGUCUCUGUUUGGGGUCCCCACGACAGUGUUCGCGCGUACGCCACACGCAUACAUACGCACAAACACGCUCACUCAAAUCUCAGUUGCACAACAUGUUAGACCCAUCCACACACUCAAAACAUUGGGUUAGGGUCUGGGUUAGGGUUAGGGUCUGGGUUAGGUUUAGGUCUAAACAUUGGAACUCUUAGGACAGAACAAGGAGGCGAUUAUAGAACCAGAGUUUAGUAAACUGUUAGAUGCAUGCAAUGCACACGAGUUGCAGUAUUUGGAACUAGUGUCUUGAAACAAUAUCUAAUUUCAGAUAUGAAUGCGUAAUUUCAAACUUCCGCACAAACCUCCCAUUGACAUUUCAAUCAUGCGUAAAGCAUCCUAUUUACGCACGUUUAAAUAUCAAUAGGAGGUUUGUGUGAACAAUUGAGUUACACAUUAUGUCUCUGCCAUGUUUAGGUUUUCUAUGAUCACCCAGAGUGAAGUUUCAACUCCUUUCACAAUCAUUUUGAAGACUUACAACAUCACAAACAACAGGAAUAUCCUUCCAACAAAAGGACAGCAAUAGAUGAUGAUGAGAUACAAAAACCACACAUACAUGAUGAUUAAAAAGCCAUUAAAAGAGGGCCUUCUCCCCCAUACAUCCUCUGCUACAGAUGGCAAAGAGGGCCUUCUCCCCCAUACAUCCUCUGCUACAGAUGGCAAAGAGGGCCUUCUCCCCCAUACAUCCUCUGAUACAGAUGGCAAAGAGGGCCUUCUCCCCCAUACAUCCUCUGCUACAGAUGGCAAAGAGGGCCUUCUCCCCCAUACAUCCUCUGCUACAGAUGGCAAAGAGGGCCUUCUCCCCCAUACAUCCUCUGCUACAGAUGGCAAAGAGGGCCUUCUCCCCCAUACAUCCUCUGCUACAGAUGGCAAAGAGGGCCUUCUCCCCCAUACAUCCUCUGCUACAGAUGGCAGUGUUAUAUACUCAGUUUUUCCAUAAUCCUUCCUGAAAUCUCCUCACCCUCCUUUAUGUAUCACUACUACUGUAAGCAUAGACACGCCCGUGCACAGAAACACAGAAGUAUGCAUGUGAAUUUUUUUUUUUUACCACACACAAACACACAAGCUUUGCAUCUCCUAAUCCAUAAUUUUUGUUGUUUUGGUGGUCCAGUCGGGACCAGUCUCUCCAGUCUGAUCCUGAUUCCCCACUUCAUUCAGCCUUCAGACAGUUUGAGUGUAGAUUAGGUUUACAGAACAUAGAUUAAGACUGAUACAGUAGAAAAUGCCUCAUCUACAUUAGAGAUGGCUCCCAUCUCAGUGAGAAUUACUCAGACUGUGUGUGUGUGUUUGUGUAUAUCCCCAUGUACAGUAUAUGCCCAUGUGUGGGUCAGUCCGUGUCUCGGAGAGUGUGUAUGCGUAUAGGUGUGUUUCUGUUGAAGUCACUUUGUGGAAGCCUUUGUAUGUCCACCCUAGUAUACUGUAGAUGUGUCUGUGUGGAUUGCGUUUAUUAUUUCCCUCGACUUAACCCUAAUCCAACACAGACUCACAAAACCAGGUCAGCUGAUCGGGAGCUUCAAGACUGAACAAAGUUACGACGGUCUGUCGAAGAUGCACUGGUCUCCGGAGCACGCGGCCCCCCUGUCCCAGUGGCCUGAGCAGCACCUGGAUGUGUCUUCCACCACCUCCCCACCCUCUGCCCACAAACACGACUCCCGUGGUUACACCACUGCAGCCGGAUACCCCUGGGCCAGCGAUGACAUCUCUGCCCUCACCGCCUCUUCCUUGUUAAAACGCUAUGCCGAGAAGUACUCAGGCUUGGAGCUGCCCUACGAGAGGCCUGCCCCAGGGGCUUACUCAGAGCCCGGGACCUUCCUGAAGAGUGAGACUGAGCCUUGGGCCCUGGGGCAGGGCAUGGAGUGUUACCCUGCGCUGGAGGCCCUGGCAGCAGGGGCCAAAGUGGGAUCAGCGUCAGUGGGCCUCCCUGGCACGGGCAGUGUGACGGUGGUGAACAGUAACUUGACCUCUGACCCCGGGUAUAGCGGUGGUGGCUCCUGUAAUGGCCCCCCCUCUCAGGACUACCCCCUCUCCUACAACAGCACCUACCUCUCCUCAGGAUACUGCCUCCAGCCCAGCUCAGCACUUCCCCCAGCCUCUCUGCAGACCACCCCCACCCUGGUGUCCAGCUACAACCCUACAUACAACUACACGCCCGGCUGCUACCCCCACCCCCAGACCAUCCUGGCGGCCGGCUACAGUCACAGCCACCCCAGUGCCUCUUACCUCCCCUCUGGGCUGAGCACCCCUACCCCCCUGACCCCCCGGCCCACCAUGGUGGGGGGCAGCUAUGGCUAUCCCAGUCACAGCCUAGGGGCCGGCUCUGAGACAGGAGGGCCGCUGAAACGCAAGGCCUUUGAGAUGGCGGAAGACGGGGAGGAGGGAGGAGGAGAGGGAGACGGCUUGCGGUACAGGAAGUAUGGCAACGGCCAUGGAAACGGCCACAGCAAGAGCCACGGCAACGGUCACGGCAACGACUACGACAUAGCGGGCUCAGAAGGCCAGGCCUACAAGCCCGGCAAGCCUCUGGUGUCGCCUCCUUAUGGUGGGCAGGAGGAGUACAGCCCCUCCUCAGGCCUAGGGGGGGAGAGAGGGGGAGGAGGGGAACACGGCUUCCCCCAUCAGAGGCUGGCCAUGAAGAUGCCUGUGUCACAUGCACGAUCUGAGGACCCCACUGGAGGACGCUAGGUCAGGCACUUGAAGGGACAACUCUCUGGGGGUCCCUCGGUUUUAUUGGCAUUUGAAAACCAAGUAGAGUACUUACUCUGCCAAAAACUGGGGGAGAAGAAUCGUUGGAUUUUGCAAUGAGAGGUAAUGUGAUCUAACCAGGAAGGAGUGAAAAUGGCAAAUGACUUGUAUCUGCCUCCUAUCUUGUAUCAUUUUCAUUCUUAGAUUGUCUCCAAAGAGUCAAGGGGCACUUUGUCCUGUAUGGGUGUGUGUGGGGUGGGAUGGUAUGAGGAGGGAGGGAGGGAUCUAGAUGGACAGGGCUAAAUCAGGCAGUCUGAAUGGAUUACCGACUGCUUCUCUCAGGAUCCUAUUUAUUUUCCAAUCUGCUACUGUGGCAGACAGUGCCAUUGCAAUGUUGUGGUUUUGAUGAGUUGCUCUCUUAAUUGGAGUGGCCGCUUGAUAUGAAAAGGGCCUUUGACUGCAAUACCUCCUACAGCACCAUAAGAAUCAUAACCUUUCAGAUCAAAAAGUAGAGAAGAAGAACAUCAUUGAUGUGUUGUACUUUAAUAACUUGACAACUUUGAAACUAAUAUCCCCCUCUCCCCCCUUCCCUUUUCCCUGUUUUCCUUUGACAGUGUUUCAAUGUUAUUUCUCCCUCUUUCUCUACCUCUCAUCACUACGUUUUCACCAUGUUUUCCCUCCCCUGCUUUUUUCUCAGUUUGUUUCACUCACUCUUCUUCUCUUUCUGUUAAAGCUGCAAUAUGUAACGUUUUGGGCAACCCGACUAAAUUCACAUAGGACUGUGAGUUAUAGAUCUGUCAUUCUCAUUGAAAGCAAGCCCAAGAACCGGUAGAUCUAUUCCAUGUGCGCUAUUUCUAUGCUUCCCGUUCUUAAGUUUAGUUUUUGCUUCUUUUACUUUUGGUUUUGUACACCAACU